UAUUGUGAAAAGCAUUAGUGAUUUCUAAAGAAAAAAAUGAUUUAAUUCAUUGAAAUUAAUUAAAACAAAAAGUAACUCAAUAUUUCGGCCGUCGUGCCAGACGCUGUAAUCAGUCUUCUGUUUUCAUCCUUUCGCCUUCUUCAUCGACUCCGUCUCUCCUGGUAUUGGUCAAUGUAAGACGACUGUUGGAGGUGGUGGUGCUUAACAUUGAUUGCAAAAUGAUCUCCAAACCAGUUGAGGUUGUUCAUUCUGUGGAUGAUAUGGUGGAAAGGCUAUGCCUAAAUGGAACUGAUAAAAUUGUGCACAAGGAACUAAAUGGAAGACUUGGGAAUGUGGAGGUUAUGAGAGCUGAUGCAAAUGGCAGGGAAGGAAAUAUAUCAGCAGUGUCUAUGGAAGGCAGUUCUCAUGAUGAAUAUAAAAAGGCAAACCACCGUAGAGAAUUGACACUGGAAGAUAUCUGCAACAAUCCAAAUGACUUAGAAGAUGAUGACGAUGAUGAUAGUGAUUGGGAGCCGUUAUUGGAACAUUUGGCAAUUAGAAAGUGGUUUUGCACAAAUUGCACAAUGGUUAACCUUGAUGGUAUGCUCUUUUGUGAGGCUUGUAAGGAGCACAAGGAAUCUGGGAUCCUUGAGCAUGGUUUUUUUGGUUCACCUACUUCACAAGCGGCUGCUCUUACUCAAGUUGAGUCAGAUGUUUUAAAAAGAUACACAGAAUCUGUCUCUGAUAUUGCAGCUGCUGGGUGUUACACUGCUAUAGGGUUUGAUGAGAGGAUGUUAUUGCACUCAGAAGUUGUAAUGAAGUCCCAUCCUCAUCCAGAAAGGCCUGAUCGUCUACGAGCAAUUGCUGCUAGCCUUUCCAAAGCAGGAAUAUUUCCUGGAAAAUGUCGUCCUAUUGCUGCAAGAGAAAUAACUAAAGAAGAACUCUUAAAGGUACAUUCCGUGGAGCACAUUGAAGCUGUUGAACACACUGAGAAAAUGCUUUCUAGCUAUUUCACUCCAGACACAUAUGCAAAUCAACAUUCAGCAGAAGCUGCAAGGCUUGCUGCUGGUUUAUGUGCGGACCUUGCAGCAGAAAUCUAUUCUGGACGUGUCAAGAAUGGAUUUGCCUUGAUUCGCCCCCCUGGCCAUCAUGCUGGUGUGCAUCAGUCCAUGGGUUUCUGCCUUCACAAUAAUGCCGCUGUUGCUGCAUUAGCUGCUCAAGUUGCUGGUGCUAAGAAGGUCUUGAUUGUGGAUUGGGAUGUGCACCAUGGAAAUGGUACACAGGAAAUAUUUGAAAAGAACAAAACGGUGUUGUAUAUUUCAUUACAUAGACAUGAGGGAGGCAAUUUCUAUCCUGGAACUGGCUCAGCUCUUGAGGUUGGUACCAUGGGUGCUGAAGGUUAUUGUGUGAAUAUUCCUUGGAGCCGUGGUGGAGUUGGUGACAAUGAUUACAUUUUUGCAUUUCAGCAUAUUGUGAUUCCUAUAGCCCAGGAGUUUGCUCCUGAUUUCACUAUAAUAUCAGCUGGAUUUGAUGCAGCAAGAGGAGAUCCACUUGGUGGUUGUGAUGUCACACCUGCGGGUUAUGCAUGCAUGACUCACAUGUUGAGCUCACUCGCUGGGGGAAGGAUGCUUGUUAUACUAGAGGGCGGCUAUAAUCUGCGUUCAAUUUCAUCAUCUGCCACAGCUGUAAUUAAGGCUUUGCUUGGGGAAAACCUUGAAAAUCAAUGUAUUGGUGUCUCCCCUUCUGCAGCUUGCAUGCAGACUGUCUUGGAAGUUUUAAAAAUUCAGACAAACUUUUGGCCAGGCCUCAGUUCCAACUUCUCACAAUUGCAAUCAUGCUGGGAAUCAUACUUGCUUGGAAACAAACGUAAAAUGAAGAAAAAGAAACUUCGAGCUGUAGUACCACCCGUGUGGUGGAAAUGGGGCAAAAAGAGGUUUCUUUAUAAUCUCUAUUGCCGGAGAUCUUUUGUAAAAUCCUAAUUAUUUUAGCAGUGAUCUUAGUGUAAUAUUAACCCCCCCAACUGUUGGUAGGAUGUGUUAAUUUAACUUCUUUUAGAGCAUAUAUGAGGCUAGAUAGCUUUGAAGUUUAUUUUCUUAGAUUCACUCGUCUGUGUGUCCUCAUUUCAUCAUCGCUCGGUAGCUAGUUCAUGUGCUGCAUUUGAAUAGAAGUGAUAUCUUUUUAAGUUAAAUAUGGCGGAAAUGGAUUCAUAAGCUUGUUGAACACUCGUAACAGAUGGUCAAGCUCGUUCUUUUUACCCUUUAUAUCCCAUGGGACUAGGGAGGGCAAGCUAGAACCAUAUUUAACCUAAAAAAGAUGUCCGAUUGUUAUAGUUCAAAAUUAUAGGUGUGAAAUGUGAUCUCUCCUUUGCCAUCUAGGAAUCAUUGAACAUGGUAGAUAACCAAACAAUUAAUUUGAAAAUUUUAAGAGGCAGUCAUAAUUAGUGGUAAUGGAAAUAAUUUUUAGUGUAAAUUUUUAAAAUAUCUACUAUGUUAUUUUUGUAGUGAUGAAAGUUUCAUCCACAAUCAAGUGUUUUCCUUCACGAGUUUUUAUUACCAUUUAAUAACACAUUUUAAAUGACAAAAAUUUGUGAAAGAUUCAUUUUUUUUUAAAGAAACACAAGUUAUCAUCAUCAUCAUACCUCGUGUAUCCUGUCCAUAGAAAACUAUAGCUAGAGUUUGGAGAGGAAAUGAUGGCGGCAACUCCAACCCAUGACGGAGAGCACGCUAAAGA